AUGCCCUCUCGAACCACAAGACUCUCCGACAAGGCGGCCUUGCCCUUCAAGACAUCUAACAAACAGCGGAGACAGGACCUCCACGUCAAACAGAAACGUGCACGAGAUGCCCUGAAACGGGCCGAGAGAUUCAGUCGCAAAAAAGAGGAGGCGAAGAACCCGAGAUUGCGGGAGGAACGGCUGCGGCGCAAUGUCCCCAUCACGCUGGACAAGAAACGGGUCUACGACGAAAUCGGGGAUGAGCCUGAAGACGGUGGUCUGGGAAUGGUCUACGACGUAGAAAGGCUGAAGAGAAGGAAAUUGGCAGAGGAACAGGAACUACAGCCCUAUAACGAUGGAGAGGGACACACUGCGGAGCGUCAAGGGGACGACGAUGAUCACGACUCCAUGCUGGAGGAAAGCAGCGACAGCGAAGACGAUGGUGACAACGACGAAGACGAUCUCGAGCCAGCGGAGCUCGACGAAGAUACCCACGACCCUCUACCAUCAAAGUCCCAGCUCAACUCCUCAAGAUCUCGACUGAAAGAUCGCGCAACUUCACCAACACGCUCAACGACCUCGACCAACCUCUCCCUUGCCCCCGCCGCGCUCGCCGCGAAGUUUCCGACUCUGUUUUUGCCGCCAGACUCGCCUCCUCCUCCCCCUCCCAAAAUCCUAAUUACCACAUCGAUAAACUCGACCUUGCACAACGAAGCUGCCAUCCUGACCACCUUAUUCCCAAACUCAAGAUAUAUCCGUCGCUCCUCUCACAGGUACGGCUACAAAUUCUCCGUCCGCGAAAUCUCCACCUUUGCAGCCAAGCAGGGAUAUACGUCUGUCAUCGUCCUCGAGGAGAAUCAAAAGAGGCCCUCGGGCAUGACCGUGGUGCAUUUACCCCUUGGACCGACAUUCCACUUUACAAUCUCGAACUGGUAUUCAGGCAAGCAGAUUCCUGGCCACGGUCGCCCCACAGACCACAUUCCUGAACUGAUCUUGAACAACUUUACCACCCCGCUCGGCCUGGUGACCGCCCACCUCUUCCGCUCUCUUUUCCCUGCUACCCCGGAGCUCCAAGGCCGGCAGGUUCUGACGCUGCACAACCAGCGUGAUUACAUCUUCCUCCGCCGGCACCGGUACAUCUUCCGCGCAAAGCGGGAGACGGAAAGAUCCGUGGUCGGCGCUGAUGGGAAGGAGAUGAGAGGCACAGAAGGCAUCAGAGCCGGGUUGCAAGAACUAGGGCCAAGGAUGACCCUCAAAUUGAGGAGGGUAGACAAGGGCAUACAGAGGGCAAGUGGCCAGGAGUGGGAAUGGAAAGCCAAGACGGAGAAGAAGAGGACCAAGUUCCAGCUAUAA